AUGGUGCAGAAUCAACAGUGCACGUAUUCCAAGGAGACCGGCCAGCUGGUGGGGACGGGCUGGGCCGCCCUGCUGGGCGUCGCAGUGGGCACCACCUUCAUGGGCCCCUGCCCGAAGCCCGCUGCGGCCCCCCAGCCGCCCGGCGGCGCCGCCCCGGACGCCGCCGGCGCGGCGGCGCUGGUGCCGCAGGUGCCGGCCGCGCCCGUCGGGGCGAGGCUGUCCGCAGCGAUCGCGUCGCCGGCGGGCCUCGUCAAAACGAGCGGCGACGCGCCGGCCACGAUCCUGCUCGACGCCGCCGGCACGACCGCAGCGGCACGGCGCCCCGUCGCCUCGUACACGUGGACGAUCUCGUCCGCCUCGGACAGAUCUAUAAUCACCACGAUCUCCGGCCCCAAGGCGUCCCUCGAGCUGCCGCCGGGCGCCUACUCUGCCAGCCUCGUCGUCCGGGACGCACUGGGGUUCAAUUCCACCGCGGAUCGGGCUUUUGUGGUCGGGGACAGGGCAGCGACCGUCGCCGCCAUCGCUUCGCCUAGAGACGUGGAGCCCGCAUCUGCCGCGGGCGCGCCGGACGGCUCCGCGGCGGCGCGCGUGGCGCUGUCCGCGACGGGGUCGGGGGCGGGGCCCGGGCUGUACUUGGUGUCUGUGGCGUGGCUGGUGCAGCGGCUGCCGGGCCUGGAGGUUGUGGCGAGCCCGACAGGGACUAUUGCCUACGUCACGCUCCCCGUGGGCUCUUACAUUGCUUAUGUGAGAGUAUUCGACUCAGAGGGCCGCACAGCCACAGCCAGCAAGCCCUUUACAAUUGGCGUCCCCAGCGCCACCGCCCCCGCCUCGGGCGCGCGCCCCACCCUCGCCGUGAUCAACCGCCCAGCGCCGCUCGAGGCGGCCGUCAGGGCGUCCAAGGGCGGCGCGUCGGCGACGAUAACCUUGGACGCCACGGGGUCGGCGGCGGCGCAGGGGUCUCAGAUCAAGAGUUACACCUGGGGUGUGGUGACGCUGCCAGACCGCGUGCCGGUGGCGAGCACGCAGGGGCAGGUGGCUGAGGUGCAGAUUGCACCUGGAAAGUAUCAGGUCGGCCUGCUGAUUGCAGACACCUCGGGCGCCAUCGCCACCGCCAAGAAGACUUUCACCGUCGAGGCAGCGCCGGCUCCCUCCCCAGCGCCUGCACCCGUCCGGGUGCCACCGGCGGUCACGCAGCCAGCUGUUGCGAGCGGCGAGCGGCCAGCUGGCGGGGGCGGCGGCAACCAAGCGCCGGUGGUGCGGCCCGACCUCUCGUUUGUUGGCUUCUCAGGCGGGGCAGUCAGCAUCGCCGGCUCGACCUCGGACCCUGACGGCGACAGUCUCGAAAUCCGCACCACCAUCAUCGCCGGCACGAAGAGCGGCCCUGCAGCCGCCGCAGCCGCGGCCGCCGCAGCCGCGGGGGGCGGCGCGGACGACGGGGCCGCGUCUCCGCCGGAGGUCGUGGAGGGCUCGGGCGAGAUGGUCUCGCUGGCGGGAAUCCCCGCGGGCGAUUAUACGCUACUGAUCACGGCAAACGACGGCAAAGGCGGCGUCGCCGCCGGCGUCGCAAGCGUCAAGGUCUUCCCCGCUGACCUGAUGGCCGUCGCCGCCGCCGCCGAGGCGUCCGACGCCGGCGCGAACAGCACGCACGCCCCUGCGGGGGCGGCGCCGGUGCGCGGCGGCGCGCACGAGGGGGCGGAGCCGGCCGGCGGGGGUGCGGCGGGGGCCGCUGCAACGCUGGAUCAGCAGCCGCAUCUGGAUGCGCCGCCAGCGCCGGCGCCGGCGCCGGCGUCAUCACCAUCCCCAUCGCCGGCGCCGGCGCCACCGGCUUCAAAGCCGGCUGCGGCCAGCGGUGGGGCGCAUUCAGCGCAGCAGCAGCCGCAGCAGCAGCCGCAGCAGCAGCCGCAGCAGCAGCAGCCGCAGCAGCAGCCGCAGCAGCAGCAGCCACCGCAGCAGCAGCAUCAGGCGCAGCACCCGCCGCAGCAGCAGCCACCGCAGCAGCAGCCACCACAGCAGCAGCCACCGCAGCAGCAACAGCAGCAGCAGCAGCAGCAGCAGCAGCACCUCGCCGCGCCGGCGGUGGCAGCGGCUCCGAUCCCAGGCCAGCGCGCCUUGCGCCUGCCAUCGAUGGCGUUGGGCCAGGGCACAACUCUGCGCGUGGACGCAGCGGCCUCAGGGUUGCUCCCUGUGGCGCCGCACACAAGCAGCCGCAGCAGCGAGGGCAGCGGCGGCGGCGACCCGCAGCCUUGGCAGGCGGCGGCAGAAGGCAGCAAGUGGGAGCUGACAAAUUCGCUCACCGGGCAACGGGUGGCGGAGGCGGCCGGCGCCUCGGCGACCUUCCAGCUUUCAACCCCCGGCGCCUUUCAAUUGCGGCUGGUGGCGCCUGCAAACGCGAGCGCCCCGGCCUCAAAGGGCCCACAGGCCGGCCCAGUGCCGGCCCCGGCCAGCACAAGCGGGUCAUCAAUGCUCAUUGUUGUCCCUCGUUUAGGAUGGGACAGCGCCAGCGGCGCGAGCAGGGGCUUUGUGUCCGGCUCGUGCGCGGCCCCAAGCGGCCGGGAGCUGUCGCGCGUCAUCCUGGACUGCUCGAACCUGACCGUGACGCCGCCCCCGGCCGCGCCCCGAGAUCUGCAGUUCGCAUGGCGGAUCUCCUCGGCGGACGCAGGGACAGCGGUCGCGACGGCGCUCGGGCGCACCCCGAAGACGGGGGCGCUGCCGGUUGGGCUUUACAUGGUGGAGCUUGCCGUCACCGCCGGCGCCGGCCCGCCGGGCGCGAACAACACGCUAUACUUCUGGACCACCCUGCUGGACGUCGCACCGGCGCCGCCGGCGCCCCUGGCGCUCGAGCUCGCCGCGCCGGAGCCCGCCUGCGCCGGCGGCGCGGCGGAGGUGCGCGCGCCGGCGGCGGCGGCGCUGCCGGCCGGGCACAAGGUGGCGCGAUACGAGUGGACCGCCCGCUGGGCCGACGCGCCGCCCGCAGCGGCGGCAGGGAAGCAGCCGGCGGGCGGCGUCGCGGCGGCGGGGGCCGCGGGGGGACGGGUGAUCGUGGGGAGCGGGCCCGCCCUCAAAUGGACCCUCCAGCCUGGCAGGACAGACGUUGAGCUGGCCAUGUCUGUCGUGGAUUCCAAGGGUGCCGAGCAGCCGAGGGUGGUCCUGUCGACCGCGGUCGUCGGCCGCCCCUGCGUGGCCUGCUCCCAGGCGCCGGUGACACUCUUCGCGUCGCCAGCGAAGUGCGCGGCGAUCAAUUCCACCAGCAUCGCCGCGCGGCUGCUGCACAGCGGGCGCGCGCCGAGGGACGGCGUGCAGCUGUCCUUCGCGCCCGGCACGCCGCUCGAGCCCGGCACGCGCGGCAUGACGGUGACCGCGGUCACGCCCGUGUCCAAGGUUACAGCGUCGUGCUCUGCGCCGGCGGUGACUGUCAGGGACUCGACGGCGCCCAUCGUAAAGCCGCGCGCGCCGCGCGGCGUCUGCGCGUCGCCGGUGAGCUGGCGCUCCACUGCGCCGCGGUGGGCGUGCUGGCGGCUCGCCGAGCUGGUCACCGUCACAGACAACUGCGAGGAUGCCGCGCCGAUGGCGUUCAUGGUCAAGUGCGCGAGCGGCGGCGCCGCCGCCGCCGCCCUGCCCGCGGCGGACUGCGCGGCGCUGCCGGACGGCCGCGUGUGCGUGCGCGCCGGCGGCGGCGGCGGCGCGGCGAAGAGUCUGGCGGGCGGGUUCGUCGUAAACGUCAAGGACGGUUACGGCAACGUGGCACACCCGGUGACGGUGGCGGUGACGGUGCACACUCGGGCCACCAGGGGGUGCCACGCGGCCACCCUUGUCGACCUAGGGGGCAACGCCGGCUGA